CACAGUAAUGACCCGAGCUUCCCGACUCAGCUUGCUUUUCUUUCAACAACAGAACUCUCCUUCAACAACCCCUUUCCCUUUUUUGCCCUAUCGUUUUCUCUCUUGCUUUGGUUGACACUUGAUAUCUCCCCACAUUUCAUCCCAUUUCCCGUCAUCUUCUAGACCUUUCUCGCUCUAGCCACACUACGCAGGAACCCUACACCUUGCGCUAACACAGCCACCUAUUCAUCAGCGACAGCAUCGAAAAAUAUCUUUUCAGCCUUUCGAAAACACAGCUUGGGUCCACCAAGAAGAAUGACUGGGUUUUCAACGGAAAACGGUCCCGCGGAGCCGGACGAGAGAGAGGCCCUGAUCAGUGCUUCUGUUCGUCAAGACUCAGUUCAGCGUAAGCGUGAGCGACAUUGGUCGACAUGGCCAACUCAGGUCAUUCGGCUAGCCUGGGCCACGCUCGUCCGGGAUUAUGUGAAUGUUCUCCUGGUGUUCGUCCCAAUUGGUAUCGUUGCGGGUGCCCUUGAGUGGGAUAGCACCGUUGUCUUCGCGCUGAACUUUUUAGCUAUUGUCCCGCUUGCGUCGCUGCUGAGUUUUGCAACCGAGGAGCUGGCUGCAACUUUGGGACAGGCUCUGGGUGGAUUGAUGAAUGCAACCUUUGGAAACGCGGUCGAGCUGAUUGUUAGUAUCAUUGCUCUGAAGGACAACCAGAUUCGUGUCGUCCAGGCGAGCAUGCUGGGAAGCAUUCUCUCCAACAUCUUGCUGGUCUUGGGCUGCUGUUUCUUCGUCGGUGGCCUCCGAUUCUCCGAGCAGUCGUUCAACAGCACCGUGGCAUCGACCAUGUCCUCUCUCAUGACCGUCUCCUCCGCUUCCCUGAUCAUCCCUGCCACCCUUUACGCCUCCUUAUCCUCCUCGAAGAACGCAGACGAAAAGAUGAAGAAUAUCUUGUUCUUGUCGCACUGGACGGCCAUCAUCCUUCUGAUCCUUUACGUCAUGUAUCUUUUCUUUCAGCUGAAGUCGCAUGCCCGGCUCUUCGAAGAAACCAACAAUGAUCUUAUUGACCCGGAGAACCCGGAAGAGCACGAAGAGCAUGAGGAAGAACACCUGCUCAGUCCAUGGGCUGCCAGUGUUACCUUGGUCAUCGUGACCAUUCUGGUUGCCAUCUGUGCGGACUAUCUUGUUGGUAGUAUCGACAGUAUCGUGGAGAAGACAGGCAUGAGCCGUACUUUUAUUGGUCUGGUCUUAAUCCCGAUUGUUGGAAAUGCUGCAGAACAUGUCACAGCAGUGGUGGUUGCGUACAAGGGCAAGAUGGACCUUGCCAUUGGUGUCGCCAUCGGAAGCAGUCUUCAGAUUGCGCUCUUCGUCACCCCAUUCCUUGUGAUCCUGGGCUGGAUCAUGGAUGUGCCCAUGUCCCUUCAUUUCCAUAUCUUUGAAACGGUGGCUUUCUUCAUCUCUGGACUGGUUGUUACAUUCCUUAUCCAGGAUGGCAAGUCCAACUAUCUUGAGGGUGGAUUAUGUUUGGGGAUGUACGUUAUUCUGGCACUCGCUUUUUAUGUGUACCCAGACAAUGUGAAUGAAGAUGCCCUUUUUCACACUCUGAACGCACAGUAAAUCUGUGCCAGGCAACACAAGGCAUCUGAGCAUUCUUGCCUUCUUACCCUCAUUCGAUUGCGCUACAGCCACAUAUUUGAUCUGUGCUAUAGGUUUUCACUUCUAUCUGUAUCUGACAGAUAUAUGUUUCUCUUAUGUUCUUGAAAAGCUGAAUAAGCCUAGUUGCUCUAUUCUCCGGUGGUUCCAGUCCCUUUUAUAAUUUACAAAAUAUCAAUCAACCCUGGAAGCAUAGCUUGACAGCUCUUAUCUUCCGCGCGACUUUCUUUGGGCCGUGAAUUCCUUUGGGAUUGGCGGAGGCCAAAUUGGUUUGGGGCUGGGGUUAGGGUUUUUGUUUGAAUUACUGAGCACGCUGUAUUUGG